CAAAGACGCAUUUGGGAACCUCUUAGAGGGCAAUUUCCUGCUGAAACAAACCACACAGAGGAGGCCAGUACAGGUUUAGAUACAGAAAACAAAAGCAGCAAGAGUGACCCUUCCCCGGAUUUUGCCAUCCACGGAGGGCUUAUUCCUCCCCCUGGCCGAGCAGCAGAGCAGCCGUGGCGGGAUGAGGCCGAGCGCAGAGACGAGCGGCGGGGCGCGGUGGCGGCAGGUAUUGUUGCCCUUCCUGCUGUCUUUGUUCCGCGGGGCUCUCCCGGACCAAAUUCGCUACUCAAUUCCUGAGGAGCUGGCCAAGAACUCGGUGGUGGGAAACCUCGUCAAGGAUCUGGGGCUCAGGGUCCUGGACUUGCCGGCGCAGAAGCUGCGGGUUAGCGCGGAGAAGGACUAUUUCACUGUAAACCCCGAGAGCGGGGACUUACUUGUGGGUGACAGAAUAGACCGAGAGCAGAUUUGUGGAAAGCAGCUUCUGUGCAUUCUGGAUUUUGAUAUUGUCGCUGAAAACCCACUAAAUAUUUUCCAUGUUGCAGUAACAGUACAGGAUAUAAAUGACAACACUCCGCUAUUCAAACAGAGUAAGACUGAUUUAAAAAUUGUAGAAUCUACUAAGCCAGGUAAAACAUUUCCAUUAGACCCGGCCCUGGAUUCGGAUGCUGGUUCUAAUUCACUGCAAAGAUACCACCUGAAUGACAAUGAGCACUUCGAUCUCACAGAGAAACAGACUCCAGAUGGACGGAAAUAUCCUGAGUUGAUUCUGAAACAUUCUCUGGACAGAGAAGAGCAGAAUUUUCAUCAUCUGGUCCUGACAGCUGUUGACGGUGGGGACCCACCUCGAAGUGGCACCACCCAGAUCCAAAUCCAGGUCACAGAUGCCAAUGAUAAUCCCCCCGUGUUCAGUCAGGACGUGUACAGGGUCAGCCUGCGAGAAGGUGUGCCUCCCGGCUUCUCAGUGCUUCGCGUGACAGCCACGGACCAGGAUGAGGGCACCAACGCAGAGAUCACCUACUCCUUUCAUAAUGUGGAUGAACAAGUGGGACAAUUUUUUAACUUAGAGAAAAGAACAGGAGAAAUCACGACAAAGGGUGGUUUUGAUUUUGAAAUUGCUAAUAGUUACACUCUCGGUAUAGAAGCGAAAGAUCCUGGAGAUCUAGCAGCCCAUUGCAGUGUCCAAGUUGAAAUUCUCGAUGAGAACGAUUGUGCACCAGAACUGAUUGUGACUUCAGUAUUCACUCCCCUACCAGAGAAUUCCCCACCAGGAACAGUGGUCGCCUUGAUAAAAACAAGAGAUAGAGACUCUGGAGAGAAUGGAGACGUAUACUGUCAAAUCUUGGGAAAGGCCGAAUUUGUAUUGAAAUCUUACUCGAAGAACUUUUACAAGAUAGUGACGGAGAGGGCCCUGGACCGGGAGGAGAUCCCAGAAUACAACAUCACUGUAAUGGCCACUGACAGAGGCAAGCCGCCCCUCUCCUCCAGCACUACCAUCACUCUGCACAUCGCAGACGUCAACGACAACGCUCCGGUUUUCCAGCAGGCCUCCUACGAGGUCCACGUGGCGGAGAACAACCCGCCCGGCGCCUCCAUCGCGCAAGUGAGCGCUCGCGAUCCCGACCUGGGGCCCAACGGCCACGUCUCCUACUCCCUCGUGGCCGGCGACCUGGAGCCGCGCGCGCUGGCGUCCUACGUGUCCGUGAGCGCGCAGAGCGGCGUGGUGUUCGCGCAGCGCGCCUUCGACCACGAGCAGCUGCGCGCCUUGGAGCUGACGCUGCAGGCCCGCGACCACGGCUCGCCCGCGCUCCGCGCCAACGUGAGCCUGCGCGUGCUGGUGGGCGACCGCAACGACAACGCGCCCAGGGUGCUGUACCCGGCGCUGGGGCCCGACGGCUCGGCGCUCUUCGACACGGUGCCGCGCGCCGCGCAGCCCGGCUACCUGGUGACCAAGGUGGUGGCGGUGGACGCGGACGCGGGGCACAACGCGUGGCUGUCGUACCACGUGCUGCAGGCCAGCGAGCCGGGCCUCUUCAGCCUGGGGCUGCGCACGGGCGAGGUGCGCACGGCGCGGGCCUUGGGCGAGCGGGACGCGGCCCGCCAGCGCCUGCUGGUCGCGGUGCGCGACGGGGGCCAGCCGCCCCUGUCGGCCACCGCCACGCUGCUCCUGGUGUUCGCGGACAGCCUGCAGGAGGCGCUGCCGGACCUGGGGGACGCUCCUGCCCCUUCGGACGCCCAGGCUGAGCUGCAGUUGUACCUGGUGGUGGCCUUGGCGCUGAUCUCGGUGCUCUUCCUGGUGGCGGUGAUCCUGGCGGUGGCCCUACACGUGCGACGCUCCUCCAGGCCCGCGGCCUGGGGCUGCUUUCAGCCUGGCCUCUGUGUCAAGGCCGGGCCCGUGGGUCCCCCCAACUACAGUGAAGGAACGUUGCCCUAUUCCUACAAUCUAUGUGUUGCCUCACAAUCAGCUAAAACAGAGUUUAAUUUUCUUAACGUCACCUCAGAAGUGGGUCCCCCUGGAGAGCUCCUCUGCGAAGAUGCCUCUUGGGUGCCAAGUACUAAUCAUGGGGAUGUUGGGGUCCCAUUUGCCUCGGAUACUGUUUUAAAGGUACAAAUGGGCAUGUUUUCAUUAAUAUAUCCUAAUAAAAAAAUGAAGUCUUAAAAACUGCAAAAGAAUUCUAAUGUCCUAGUUAAAUGGACUCAGUAUAAGUGAGAAGUAAAUAAAGGACACAGGCU